CUGGCUCGUCUUUCAUUAAGGUGCUCGGUAUUAUUAUAUUAUAUAUCAUUAAGGUGUUGUAUUAUUAUAAGUAACAUCAUCAUUUUUCAACGCCUUACAAUAACAAAACGGCUUCCAUGGAGAAUUCACUGGAAGGCAAUCACCCUGUUGACCAAAAGCGUUCAGCCGUGAGAAUCCACUAUAUAAGGUCAGCACAUCUGCAUGAUCGCCAACUAGUGCCGAAAUGAGAGCGCCAGAUGGCUUCAGAUAGAUGGCAACGUCGUAUGCUGUAAGAUCGCCGUCCACCAACAUAGUUAUACUCGAUAUCUUGAACAGAAAUUUUGGUUUCAUCACAGCCUUGAAUUCCAAUAG